AUGUCCGACGUUGGUACCAACGGCGUCGCGGUCGUCGACGACGCCGCCGCCGCAGCGUCCAAGGCCGAUCAAAAGGCCGCGGAUCUGCAACGCGCCACUGAGGCCGGCUGGCAGAAGCCUAUUCCUUUCGAGUAUGAGGCUGCCCCAAGCGAGGCGGGCGCAGCCGACGAGCGCGAGGUGAAGUGGCUGUCGGACGCCGUGGUCUACGAGUGGGUCGACGAAUAUGGAGAAAUUGGCCCUCGCGAUGAGCAGCUCGAGAAGCAGCUCUACGAGGAUCCAGACAUCCAGCGCCGUGGUGGGGACGCUGGUAUGGCGGCUUACCAGGCUUUCGAGGUCCUGGUUCAAGGGAUGGACAAGAUCCAUCCUUUCCGCGAUUUCGACGAUGCGGGCCUGCACCCUGCCGUCCUAGAGAAUGUGAAGCGUUGCAAAUACGACUUUCCAACCCCUAUCCAGGCCUACUGCAUCCCCGCCGUCCUGACUGGCCAUGAUGUUAUUGGCAUCGCUCAGACUGGAAAGACUGCAGCAUUCCUCCUGCCCAUCCUCUCAAAGCUUAUGGGCAAGGCUCGUAUGCUGGCAGCACCGCGUGCAGUUGAAGGAGGCCCCCGCGUUCGCGCAGAGCCGCUUGUCCUCGUCGUAUGUCCGACCCGUGAGCUGGCCUGCCAGAUCUUCGACGAGGCGCGGCGCCUGUGCUACCGUACGAUGCUGCGCCCUUGUGUCGCAUACGGUGGGGCUCCUACGAAGAACCAACGUGAGCAGCUUGAGAAGGGUUGCGAUAUCCUUGUCGCUACUCCCGGUCGCCUCAUGGAUUUCAUGAAGAAUCCUAACCUACUGUCUCUGGCUCGCCUCAAGUUCACUGUCAUCGACGAAGCCGACGAGCUACUGUCCAGUGGCUGGGAGGAGACCAUCGACAGCCUUUUCGGUGCUGGCUCCGACACCAACGUCGACGCUGACCACACCUACCUUAUGUUCUCGGCCACCUUCUCGAAAGAGGCUCGCAAGCUAUGCCGGGAGUACAUGGAGGAGGAGUACGUCCGCAUCAAGGUCGGCCGUAUCGGCAGCACGCACAGCAACAUCAAGCAGUCAAUUGUCUUUGUGGAGGACAGCCAGAAGAAUCAGGCGCUCUUCGACCUGAUCUUCUCAGAUGGCCCUCAACGCACUCUAAUCUUCGUCAAUUCGAAGGCAAAGUGCGACAUGGUUGAUGACUUCCUCUACAACAAGGGUCUGCCAUCAACGUCCAUCCAUUCCGAUCGCACCCAGCGAGAGCGAGAAGACGCUUUGCGCUCCUUCCGCACUGGUAAAUGCCCGCUCAUGGUCGCUACUGGUGUCUCUGCUCGUGGCCUGGAUGUUGCUAACGUGAAGCAUGUCAUCAACUACGACCUGCCUUCUAUGGUGCACGACGGCAUUACUGAGUAUGUUCACCGCAUCGGCCGCACGGCGCGCAUCGGCAACGAAGGCAAGGCGACUUCAUUCUACAACGACCGCAACGAAGACCUGGCUCCGAAGCUUGUUAAGCUUUUACUUGAGGCAAAGCAGGAGGUGCCUGACUUCUUAGAUAUGCAUAAGCCUGAGGACCCCAACAACAUCGAGUGGAACGAUGGCACCGAUGAAGAGUCCGAGGCAGGCGACUUCGGCGGUGAUGCCGGUGCUGACGCUGCGUUCGACCUGAAUGCUGGCUUUGGCGGUGGCGACGUUGGCGAUUUUGGUGGAGGCGACGAUGAGUUCAAGGCUGAUGGACAAAACAGCAAGGUUGAUGCGUGGUAAGGGUUCGCUUUAGAGUGUCCCUUCCCGCAUAUUCCCUUCCUAUGAUCGCUAAGGUCGUAAGGUAGAAAAACUGCAGUUGUGAUGGCCGUGA